AUGGUAGACUACGCAAAGAAAACAGUAGCUGAGCUACAAGAGAUCCUCAAGUCGCGGAGUCUACCGCAUUCAGGAAAGAAGGCAGAGUUGAUCGCCAGAUUGAAUGCGGCCGACAAAGCAGCAGAAGAGUCUGCGAAACCCCCUCCUGAAGAACCUGUCAGCGCGCCACCCGCACAAGCCCCAGAACCAACACCAACACCGGUCGCAGAAGCACCAGAAGUACCAGAAAGCGCGUCAGCGCCUACAGAAGUCGACGCGACUGACUCUCCAUCUGCAAACACAGACUCUGCUUUGGCCAACUCUGCCUCAUAUGCCCUAAAUUUACCCUCUUCAGACGUGGAUUCCGAGAUGGCGAAACGCAAAGCCCGAGCCGAACGGUUUGGCACUGGUGUAGUUGCGGCAAAUGGAAACUCCGGCGACGCAAGCGCAACCACUACAGAUGCAGAUGCGUUGAAAGCACUCGAACGCGCAAAGCGGUUUGGCAUCGGGCAGACGGCGAUGGGUAAGCUAGACGAGGCCUUGCCGGCGGAGAAUGAACGCGGAGCGAGGAACCGAGGUCGCACAGAUGAGAGCAGCGCAAUGGACGACCCAGGUCUAAGAAGAGGAUUUGGAGGACGCGGCCGGGGCAGGUUUCGUGGAGGAGGUGGACGGGACAACUCAAGGCGAAGAGUAGGGGAGAAACCUUCUGGCAUCAUCAAGUCAGGCAGUGCAUUUUCGACCGAGGCUGACCGUCUGGCUGCGGAGGCAAGGAGAAAGAAGUUCGCUUCAGCAUCAUGA